AUGGACUUGCAGCAGUCAACGAGACCUGCAUCUGUCCAGAGCUCUCCUCGCAGCUGGGGAGCGUCCUGGUUUUCUUGGUUCCCCUGCGCUCUGCGAAAGUGUACAAGCACUCGGCAGGUAGAUGUUCGGCGAGCCAUUCCCACGCGAUCCCAUUCAACAAGACUUCCUGUGGAGCUGUGGAUCUAUAUCAUUGACCUCCUGGAGGACGACGUCGCUGCACUCCGAGCCCUCCAGCUGACGUGCUGGGAUUUACUCCAGUUCAUGUGUCGCGAUCGAUACCUCGUGUGCGACUCACGGAGCUGUGCGCGACUAAAGCUACUGGUAGAAUUCGGGAUGGCGCAAUGCAUUCACUCGCUCACCAUCAGGGCUACUUCGAAGUCCGAUACGCGGUCGAGAUGGCUGAACCAUACGCUGCUGGAAGUGCUGAAGAAUUUGCCAGCGGUUGUCACCGUGGGGUUAGAAUGCGUGAUGGACGAACCAACGUACCCGCGUGGUCAUAUCAGACUGGAUACCGUACGGGCUAUCCUAUUGUCCUUCCCUGCAAUGGAAACGCUGCACAUCGAAGAGCUAGGGCUUCGGAGUGGCUUCCCCAUUUUAGUACAUUUGACUUGGACUUUGAGGCCGACUGUGGCACCACUGCGGCAUCCACGUUGGUACUCUCCGUUCGACACACCCAUACAGCUCCGGGACUUCAAAUUCAAGACUUGUUACCCUAAUCGCUGGGGCUCAUCGGAAGAAUUUGCGAGGUUUUACCUUCUCCGUUGGCCAUUCAAGUUCGAUUUGCAGAGUCUAGAAUGGAAUAGCAACUACGGCGGGCAGGAGAGCCAAAUGGUACUUGCAUACCUACUACGCAGAAGCAAUGCAUUGAAGCACUUGCAUAUCGGGUUUCCGACCUGUGAUACUCUCAGAAGCGGAGAAGACACAGAUGCCAGUAGUUCUCCUCGGACGCUAAAUAGCUCCGGGUUUACCCAUCUCGUCUCGCUGCACCUUCAAUACCGGUUUGGAAGUAAACGGUCUCCGGGAGCUAUGCGCGCCUGGAUGCCCCUCAUCCUCUCCCGAGUGAACUCGAAAAAUCUGCAGGAACUUAAAAUUAUCCUCGGAGAAGAGAGUCACUACAUGUCCAUAGACAUCUCAAGGCUGUUGGACUGGGGUGCGUUUGACUUGCAGCUCGCCCGUCUGUGCACGGUCAGUCCACGGCUUGUCACGUUGUUCCACGUGAAGCCACCGUGUACGAAAUCGAAGCUGGUGCCGUUGGUAACUCAGUCGACUGAUAUGAUCAGGACACGCUUGCCGCACUCCCGCGCGGCUGGAGCGAAGGUGGGGUUGAUGUAUCUCGAGUUCGUGUCCGAGUAUUAUGUAUCUGAGGACCCGAUACAGACACAGUGGUUAUUGUGA